AGAAGCUAACUGAAGAUCAAAUUUGUUACCUUGACUGGUCUUCUAUUCGAACCAGGUCGCCUCGAGUGUUCAUCUUCUUCUUCGUGAUCAGAUCAUCGUCUUCGUUCCUCAAUCCCCGAUUUUUUUCCCAGGAAAAUCGUUGUGGUUUUUUUCGUCCCUCCUUCUGUCUUCUCUGGUGAAUCUCUUGCUUCGGAAUCGGAGUCUCCGGGCUUUCUCAGUUUCGGAACCCCCCGGAUUCUGGUUUUCGGAUGGGAUCGGAGCCUCGGGUUCACCCGGGGCCCGAGCUGAUUCACUCGCCUGUUCUUCAGAAAUUCAAGCUCUACAGUACCCUCUCGAAUUUUUAUUUGGUUGGGAGAGACGAGAAGAAGACUGUUCGGAGAAUCUUAAAGAUUGAUCGGACGGAACCAAAUGAGCUGAAUCUCUUUGAGGAUCCUACGAAUUAUUCGAAAGAUGAAUGGCUUGACCUGAAAAGACGGAUAGAUAGAGGGAACAAGAAGUAUGGUGGAAUUGAAGAGGUCACAACUUGUUAUGGAAUCAUUGGAUUUGUAAGAUUUUUGGAACCAUACUAUAUGUUGGUGAUAACAAAAAGAAAGAAGAUGGGUGCCAUCUGUGGCCAUACAGUUUACGGUAUAAUGGAGAGCCGGAUGAUUACAAUUCCAAAUCAUAAUGUAUUGAGUGAAGUGGCCGAGUCUUUAGCAGAGAAUAGGUACAAGAAGCUCCUUAGUAUGGUGAAUCUUAGAAAGGACUUCUAUUUCAGCUAUACAUAUAACCUUAUGUAUAGCCUUCAGAAGAACAUAUGCAACAGUGAGAGAGGAAAAGUUCACUACAACACACUGUUCGUUUGGAAUUCUUUCUUAACCCGCAGGAUCCGAAGAGUCCUCCAGAAUACUAUGUGGACUGUUGCAUUGGUCUAUGGAUUCUUUAAUCAGACUAUAUGUGCAAUAUAUGGUACAGAAUUUGUACUCACUGUUAUAGCUCGGCGUUCACGGCAUUUUGCUGGUACAAGAUACUUAAGGCGAGGUGUUAAUGAGAUGGGCAGAGUAGCCAACGAUGUGGAGACAGAGCAAAUUAUUUCCAGAAAUGUUCUCGAGGGUCAGAGAGUGGCAAUAAGUUCGGUUGUGCAGAACAGGGGUUCCAUCCCACUGUUUUGGUCCCAGGAGACUUCUCUAUUUAUUCCACAACCAGAAAUAGAAUUGUACAAAAAGGAAAGGAAUUAUGAGGCCACCAAACAUCACUUUGAGAAUCUAAAGCAGAGAUAUGGGGAUCCAAUAAUCAUCCUGAACCUGAUAAAGGCAAGUGAAAAAAAGCGCCGAGAAACCAUCUUACGUGCAGAAUUCGCAAAAGCUAUCCUAUUUAUAAACAGAAGCUUGAGGAAGGAGAAUCGUUUAAGGCCAAUUCAUUUCGAUCUCAGCAAACACUUCAAAACUGGAGCUGCAAGUGCAUUCAAAUGCUUAUGUAUAUUUGCGACAAAGGCAUUGGACUUGACUAACAUAUUUUGCUGUGAAGCUUCUACAAGUGUCGGAUCCGAAGGAGUACCAAAUGACUCGGGCUUUAGGAACUCAGGAGAUGGAUUCACUCACUCUCUUCCGGAUCAAGACGGGGAAGUGAUUAAUGCAGAAAAUGAGACGUUCAUGCCUAAUAUAUCGAUCCUUCAAACUGGGAUUUUGAGAACUAACUGCAUAGAUUGUUUAGACCGCACAAAUUUCGCUCAGUAUGCACUUGGAUUAAUGGCUCUCAGGCGUCAGUUGCAUGCCUUAGGCAUUACAGCAUCGUCCACCAUUGAUCUUAGUAGCCCUCCAGCAACAACUCUGAUGGAAAUUUAUCAAACUAUGGGUGAUACACUUGCAUUGCAGUAUGGUGGUUCAGAAGCACACAACAAGAUGUUUUGUGAUCUGAGAGGUGAAUGGAAUCUGGUGAACAAACACCGCGAUAUCUUCAUAGCUUUGCGUCGUCACUAUAGUAAUGCUUAUCUGGACAGCCAGAAACAAAAUGCCAUCAAUAUGUUCUUGGGUCAUUUCCAACCACAACUGGGGAACCCAGCACUGUGGGAGUUGGAUUCUGACCAAUAUUACAAUAUUGGAAGAUAUAGUGCUAACUUUGACAAUGAAAAACCGAGGCCGAUUAUUAGGAGAUCUUUCUCUGACAAUAUCAUCUGGGAUGGUGAUUUCAAUAUCGAGGAAGCUGUCAACAGAGAUCCUCAGUCUUCACGUGAUGGAUUAAACGGAGGUAUCUCAGAAUCCAAUCCAGAUUUCCCAGUCUUUGAAAAUGAAGCAUCUUCUCUGAGCUUUCUCUCGGCCAUUUGUUGUGAACACCAUCUGAGAGAUACGGAUCCAAACCGUAUGUUUCCAGGCAAUUGCCCUUGUUUUGCUGAAGGGCGCGAUGAUAAUUGUGCUUUUGCAAAUUCAUGCAAGAACAGAUAUUCACUGGUAGAGAAUUCAUUUGAAAAAAGCAGCUCCUUGUCUUGGUCUUCAGACAAUAUUUAUACUGAUAUGGAAAACGAAUCCAUCACUUCUUCAAGUAUAACGAACUCUACAGUCGAGUUUCGUCCUGGUCAUGUCCGGAGAGAGGAGGAAGAAGGCGAAGACGAUGUUAUGGUACCUGGUUUCUCACAAGAGUUUACUCAGUGGGUUCGUCACGGAAGGGUACUCUGACAAUACAGUUCCAACAUCUAGGUUUUUGUUCGUGACAUAGAAGUGUUCCCAAAGCACAGGGAACAGUGGUAACUUGCGCAGGAAGGUACAGGCAGUUACUUGGUACGGAAGGUAGGGUUAAACAUCACGGAAACCACAGAGCCAGCCAUCUCUUUGUAUAUAGUCACAGCCAACACAUUUUUACUUCUAUUGACAAAUUAAAUUCGGUUAGGGAUAGAUGCUGACCGGUACAUUGGGUUUGGUCGGAUUUUUUUUUUUUAACUCAUUUCGGUUCAGUCAUUGAAUCUGAAUAAGAUUAGUCCGGUUCUACCGACCAUUCCAAUUUGGUUGGGUUUUGAAGUUUGCCAAUGGGACUCCCAAACGGUGGGUUCGGUCCCAUGCAGUUUGUAAAUAGCGUGAUGAAUGCUAAGCUUUAUUCAAACUUUCUGGAAUAUAUAUGAAUUCAGAUUGCAUCA